AUGGAUGCAUUCUACGACAACGAUGAAGCCAGAGAUCUUCUUGAAUUCGUAACCAAGGCACGCAUUGAGAAAGGCCCAAAGAAAGAUGGGAUGGCACCAUACGCAUUUGUGCAAUCCAUGGAGAAACCUCAUUGCUGGAAGCUUGUAAGGAUUGAACAGAACACGCAAGAACAAGAGGAAGUCGUCCUACGUAUCCAAGGAAUCAUAUGUGACAAGAGCAUACCACCAAUUAAAAGGCCAUUUGAAAUAGAGUCACAAGGCCGGAAAUAUCUACGUCAAAGCAUUACGCUUACAGGAUUCGGUUCAGACAUAAUGAAGAAAGCCAUUGAGAAUAUACAUUACAUCCAUGGGUUAUUCAAUCAGGAAUUCACGCAAGGAGAACUCGAGGCUUGGACGCCUGGAAGAUUCGGCCAGUUUGAUGCUAUCGACAUAUCGAACCGCUACUUCACCAGACGGAGUGACAUGAAUGGAGAGAUGCCAAUCCAAUUCAGUCGUGCUAUUGAUCCAGAUGAUAUAUUGACAAAUGCGUUAUCAAAUGACUUCGUUCAUAUUCAAGAGAAUGUCGUAGAGUAUUACGAGGCUGUAAAGAAGGACAACAAAAUCAAAUAUAUAGAUAUCAAUCCUGGACGUAUUCAGAGGGGAGACAUUUUGGAAAUUCAAGCUUCAUUUAUGGUUGUACCACUAAAAGCCAAGAAAUUCAAAAUGCUUAUCGUGCUAAGAGCGAUUACACUUUUAGACAACAGCGCUACCAAAAACGCAACUAUUUCACGACAAAUGAGUGGACAGGAAGUACGUCGCAUCAGCCAGACCCUAAAGAGAAAGACAGGAUACAGUGAGGAUGAGGAUGUAGAAAUGCGUGACAAGAGUAUACCAAUCGCCCCGGCAAGGCCGGAGCAUGAUUGGUAUACUAUCAAUGUAAAGAAGUAUAGUGAUCUGCUUGAGGCCGUCAUAACUGCUAGGACAACGAAGGGUCCAAAGGUUGUACAAUUGGCGUAUUUUAAUUCGGUGGAUGGAAUGUCUGAUUUAUGCUCAGUAACAGAGGUGGACAAACCAAGAUGUUGGAAGCUCACAAAGACCAACAUUGAUGACAACAGCCAAGAAGAAGUCGUACUGCGCAUACAGGGUAUUGUUUGCAAUGCAAGUCUUCCACCUGUGAAACGACCAUUCAAAAUAGAGUCAAAGCAGCGAAGAUAUCUGAAGCAAUCAUUAGCUUUGACGGGACUUGGGGGAACAAAAUUUUCCACCAUGAUUGAAAACAUUUACGACAUACAGCACAUUUUUGAGCGAUCACUACCCCACAACACCAUGGAUGCAUGGGUUCCUAGUUAUUAUGAAACAUGCAAAGCAUUGGAUAUGGGCAACCGCUAUUUCACAGACCGACGUGAUAUAAACGGUGACACUCCUAUUUCCUUUGGCACUGAGAUCGACCCACACAAUAUACUUACGAACGCAUUGUCCAAUGAAUUUGUUCACCUCCUGGAAAAUAAGGUUGAUUAUUAUGAAGCGCAACAAGGAACCGAUAAUAUUAUACGAUACUAUGAAAUCAACCCAAUGAAGAUACGUCCAGGAGAUGUUGUGGAAGUGCAGGUAUCAUUCGUUGCAAUACCGCUUAAGCAACAAAGAUACAAAAUACUGGUGGUGCUACGAGCUAUCACUCUACUAGAUUGCAGUCCACUACGAGUAAGCCAACAUUCAGCCAAAGUACACAAUGCUAACAGAAAACAGAAUGCAAGUAUUGCACGUCGCAUGAGCAGAGGUGCUGAACCCCGUCGGGCAAGCCAAUCGCUGAAGAGAAAGAUUGGUUAUGAAGAGGAUGAAGAGCAUGAUGCUGGGGAGAAGUUGAGCAAGAUGCGCCUGGACUGA